UGUUGGUGGAAAAUGAGCAAUUGUUCGGGGAGGAGGAGGAGGAGAAGAAGAGAGAGAAAGACUGCUGCUGCUGAACACAGGGUAACACAAUACACAGCAGCACUGCUACACAACAUGGAGGCUUGCGCCUGACCCUGAUGCACCACUGUGAUCAGCCCUCCCGGGUGCUGGCAUCUGGUGCACCCCUGUCUCCCCGGGAUCCUUGCAGGCACACCCAGGGCUAGAAGAAAGGACAUGAUCAGCUCUGCGUCGGUGAUCCUCCUCUGCCUGCUGAGCUGCAACGUGUGGAAAGCCGUCACCAAGACCCUGCAGGAGCAGAAUGCAGCAAGCCAAGAGGUGACAUUGAAAGUCCAGGUCAGCGAUGUCAGUACUCACCAGCCGCUCAGCAAUGCCAUCGUAAAAAUAUUCGCCAACCAAGUUUCUACCGCGUCUGGGACCACUGCCGCUGACGGGACUGCACUGAUCAAGCUCCAGUAUAAGUUGGGGAGUCAGUUGAUUGUCACAGCCACUAAACAUGCCUACGUGCCAAAUUCUGCACCGUGGAGACCCCGCCGGCUGCCAGUGUUCUCCUCUCUCAGCCUCGGUUUGCUGCCUGAGCGCUCGGCCACACUAAUGGUCUAUGAUGAUGUCGUACAGAUAGUCUCAGGAUUUCAAGGGUCAAGACUGCAGCCCCGAGUUCACUUUGCAAGGAGUGCCCUGGACCUGCCUGGUAAUGCCACCUACAAGGACCUGGCCGCUUUCCUGACCUCCGUCAGCACUUCCUCCGAGGUUGACAACUUUCCCUACUUGCUAGGAUCAGAUGGAAACUCAUCAGGGAACAGCAGCAGAUUUGACCUCACCCCGGUCACCGCAGUCAGUAUUCAUUUGCUCAGCAGCGAUAAGACAGACAUCUUGGUUCAAGGACCAAUCUAUGUGACUGUGCCGCUCAUAGCUCACAGCAACCUGAAGCAUAAUGCCCAUGUUCCCGCUUGGAGAUUCGACCAAAAUCAAGGAACAUGGGUGAAGAGUAGCAUUGGGGUCAUCCAGCAGGAGGGAAACCAGCUGACCUGGACGUACAUUGCACCACAGAUGGGAUACUGGGUCGCUGCCAUGUCCCCCUCAAACCCAGAUCCAGUAGUGACACCGGACUUCACAAGCUAUCACACCUACUUCCUCUUGGCGAUAUUAGGAGGCAUUGUGUUUAUCCUGCUGGUCCUGUUCUGCCUGCUGCUGUAUUACUGCAGGAGGAAAUGUUUAAAGCCACGUCAACAUCACCGAAAGCUUCAGCUCACAUCUGCUCUGGAUUCUUCCAAGAAGGAUCAGGCAACGUCUAUGUCCCACAUCAAUUUAAUUAGCCCUAUCCACAUGGAGAUGAUGUCCUCUAGUGGCGAGGCCGAUAUACAUACACCAAUGCUCAAACCUUCAUAUAAUACCUCACAGGAAUUCAGCUCAAGAGAGGAGCUGAUUUCUCACCACGACGAGAAGAGUCGAAUGUCCUUGGAUAACCUGACUCAGAGUGGGACUUUAAGACAUGUGUACAAUAAGUCUUUGGACCAGUUCCUAUUGAAGUCGAGGAAGUCAACAGAAAUCUCUGAUGGUUAUGCGUCUCCCAUGAAUGAUGAGUACCGUCGGAGUUACAACUCAGUGAUCUGUCAGCCUUUAUUUGAAAGCAAAAACAAAGAUCAGUCAUCUACAAACCAUCUUACGGCAGGAAGUAAGCCAAACAUUCAGGAACAAAGUCACCUAGUGCCUUCUGCACCUGAACCAGAGCAGGUCCUAGACCGACGACCCAAUGAAUGUAUGAUGUCUAAGUCUGUAGAUCACCUUGAAAGGCCAACCUCUUUCCCUCGUCCAGGUCAACUUAUAUGCUACAACUCUGUUGAUCAAGUGAAUGACAGUGUUUACAGAAAUGUUCUGCCUACGCUGGUGAUUCCAGCUCACUACAUGAAACUGCAAGGUGAACACCCUUUCGUUGGCCAACAGCUAAUUGUGUCGGCUGAACAGCAGUAUGAGUUUGAACGGCUUCAAGCUGAGCUUUCGAAAUCUCACUCUCAACAUCCUCAGCAGAUGCAGUCUUCACAACUGGCCUCUCAAGCCGUAUCGCAGCAGCACUUGCAAGACGAAGAUGGAAUUGAAUGGAACACACAAAACACUGUGAUGUCCGAAUCUGUUUCUAUCCCGGCCUCACUGAAUGAUGCCACCAUUGCUCAAAUGAAUGGCGAGGUGCAACUCCUGACAGAGAAAGCUUUGAUGGAGCUUGGCGGUGGAAGACCAAUGCCCCAUCCCCGUGCCUGGUUUGUGUCUUUAGAUGGCCGCACAAAUGCACAUAUUAGACAUUCAUACAUUGAUCUCCAAAGAGCAGGGAAAAACGGGAGCAACGAUGCCAGUUUGGAUUCCGGCGUUGACAUGAACGAGCCAAAACCCGGUAGAAAAGGGAGAGGCGAGAAAUUUUCAAUGCUGCAGCAUCCAACCCUACAGGAGCACCACCAUCAUGAGCAGAAGAUGUCUGACAGCACGGCUUACACACAGCUUGUUUAUUUAGAGGAUAUGGACCAAAGUGGUAGUGAAUGCGGAACAGCAGUGUGCAGCCCAGAGGAUAAUAGACCUUUCAAUGAGGCGCCGGCAAGAAGGAGUGGUGGCCAGUUACCCAGCCUUCAGGAAGAAACCAUUAAACGAACUGAAGAUUCCUCACCAGUGCCAUUAAACAGUCCCGAACGCGACUACUCCAUUAACGACGAUGGUUCUGAUGAUCAAGGAGAGAAUAAAAAGAGUCCGUGGCAAAAACGAGAAGAGCGACCGCUUCUGGCUUUCAAUAUGAAAUAAGUUGCUAUACCACAAAGUGGAGUAAAAAUAAAUUUGCCAAAUAGUCUUUCUUUGGGAAUGCUUCAUUUAUAAGGGCUGGGAGGGGGGCGGGAGGAAGAAGGGGUAAGGUAGUUCUCCCUGUGAAAUAUGAACUGGUCAGUUAUUAAACUUUUAAGACGUUUUACUCAAAGGGUUGGAAGGAUAAGUGAAAGGAAUCUUUGAAUGGAAUUUAAGGAAUCUUUUACCGUUAAAAAGAAACAAAUAGUUUAAGUGUAGCACUAUCCCUCUAUCCCAGUUUUUUUUUUUUUUUUUACUGGUUGCUAAAUAUUGUAAAAAAACUUGACUUUGUUGCUAGGUUCUGACCACUAACCUCCUGGUAAAGGGAGCAUGUGACAGCUUUGUAGUUCUGAAACCAAUUAUAUCACAAUGUUUACUGUACAUCUGCAUUCUACAGGAGAAAAUGAUAUUCAGCGUCGCCAUGUAGACAUUACUGAAAAAGGCUAUGCAUUGCUGCUUUUACACCAACUGACAUUUUUGCCUAGGGGCUGCUUUUUAAUUUUUUCUUAAUUUUUCUUUUUUCUUUUAAGAGGCUGUAAAAAUGUUUUAUAAAUAUACUUUCUGGUUUUCAUUAUAACCUGCUUUUAUCUUCUUUACUCUCCUUAUUUUGUAAUGUAUUUCUACACGAAAGCUGUGAGUUGGAACUUUUUUGGUAUUAAAAGCUUUUGUUUUGAGGUUUCUAAACAAACAAAACUUUAAAAAAAAAUAAUGCAUUGCCCGUUUUGUGUCCAUAGAAGUUGAUCUCUAUUCUCCAAGUGCCUUUUUUAAUAGCUUCCCAAAUGUUUAACUCAUCCAAUCAAAUAUGUUAUUUUUAUUUUAUUUUUUUGCAUGAACCAGAUGUCUUAUUCACUCUCUCCGUUUCAGUAUAUGUAUGCUCUGAAUUCCAUUGUGUACUGUAGAGAUCAAUGUAGCUGAAGAACUAGAAGUCAUCUAGACCCUUUUGUAGUGUCACGAGCAUAAUAUUUAUGUAAAUAUGGUUUCUCUUUCUUUGAUAGUUGAUUCAAGCUGCUCCCGGAAGACUUGGAGGGCAGAGAAUGUGAGAACAUUUAUUAAGUGCUGGAAUGACUUUUCUGUGCAUUCUCUUUAAAGAACUGCUUGGUUAUACAAGAAUUAUUAAAAUAAAACCUUAAAAAAAUG